AUGCCCCCGGCAGUGCUGCUAGUCAUCAACUUGCGUAUUAGGGCCGCAGCAGACUGCUGCUGUGGCAGCAGCAGCAGCCUGCUGCUGCCUGAUUCAGUCAAGCCAGCGGUGCAGCGAGGCGUGCAGAAUUCGCGCGGUUUUGUCCCUCCUGAGGCUGAGCGCAUUCGAGCCCAUCGACCGGAGUUGGAUGGUACCCCGCGUCUCACUGAGACGCGGGGUACUGGCCAUGGCCGGACUACGGAGCGUGAGGUGGCGAGCGAGCGACAAAACAACGAGAAAAACACGGAUCUGACGAUGUCAUCAUCCGUGAAAAGCUGGAGGGCAAUGUCGACGGCGGCCUCCUGCAUCAUCGUCUCGUCGUCGCCAGUGGCUGGGUCUUCUGGCUCCGACCGGACGGCUCCACCGCCCAGCAUCUGA